GGUGUCGAUGCGACGUCCAUGGGGAAUCCCUGCAGCUGCGCCUCCUGUGGCGCUCCGGGGAACGAUAUGGCGGAUCUGUACCAAGCGAGGUCUGACUUGGAAGGUACCUGGCUGGAGGUCACGGAUGGGGUGCCACUCUACAAAUGCUUCAUCAAGGAUGAGGUGAUUCGGUGGCACGAUGGCAGCACCACUCCGAUCGGUCCCCAUAUGACCAUUACGUUCGAGGGGAAGGAGUUUCGUGGCAAGCUGGGGCGGAAUGGAAGCCACCUGGGCCUUUUUUGGGACGAUGGCACCGAAUGGCUGCGGGAGGAUUUGCAAGGCACCUGGCACCGCCGUUCGGACGGCAGCUGCGUUUGUCGCGUGACCCAGCGGGGGCUGCUGCACUGGGCUGCGACGGCCGCGGCGAUUGAGGAAGCGGUGAAGCACAGCAGGCUGCAGCCGGCCGAAGGA